CACAGGCGGAGAGAUUGGACUGAGCUCGGGGGGCGGGACCCCCUGAGAAUCGGCGGGGUCGCCCCCGCGGACAGCUCGGGGGCCUUCUCCCCUUCGUUCGUGCCCCGUGCCGUGUUGGCCCUUUCUCCGUGCGUGCCAUUCCCACACUCCCCCUCCGUCCUUGUCAGCCCUCCUCUGGCGGUGUAGGGUCUAGCUGUUGUUGCUCAAGAUCGUCUCUGCUGAUGCUAUGCGUCCCGCAGGGAUCUCGACCAGGCGAUUCUUCCCUCGAUGUUGGCAUCGCGGAGUGUCAGAGGACCAAGCAGUGGAGCUCAGCUUUGCAAUUGUUGCGCCAUGCGUCUCAGCUGGGCGAGCGAGUCGGCCCACACCAUUACCUCGCGUCUGUCAGCACAUGCGGAAAAUGCAGCCAGUGGCAACAGGCGUUGUUGCUUCUCAGUGCCAUGUGGCAGGCGACGUGGAAACUCGGUGUCGUCGCCUACAGCGCUGGGAUCAGCGCGUGCGGAAAAGGCAGCCAGUGGCAGCAGGCUUUGUCGUUGCUGAGCGAGCUGCGGGGGGCAGAGCUGCAGCCCGACUCAGCCACAACGCGGUCAUCAGCGCGUGCGAGAGAGGCCAGCAGUGGCAGUACGCUCUGCUAUUGCUCAGCGAGAUGGGGACCGCGAGAUCGGAACCCGACGUAAUCAGCUUCACCGCUGGGAUCAGCGCUUGCGAGAAAAGCGGGGCGUGGCAGCAGGCCUUGUCCGUGAUGGGCGAGAUGCGGAAGGUGACGUUGGAGCCCAACUCAGCUACAGCGCUGGGAUCAGCGCGUGCGAGAAGGGCAGACAGUGGCAGCGCGCCCAGUCGUUGCUCUGCGAGAUGCGGGAGACAAAGCUUCAGCCCGACGUCAUCUACGCUACAACGCGGUCAUCAGCGCGUGCGAGAAAGGCGAGCAGUGGCAGCAGGCUCUGUCGCUGCUAAGCGACAUGUGGCAGGCGGAGUUGGAACCCAACAGUGUCAGCUUCUCUGCUGGGAUCAGCGCGUGUGGGAAAGGCGGGCAGUGGCAGCGUGCUCUUUCGUUACUGCCCGAGAUGCGGGCGGCGAAAUUGUGCCCAGAUGCUUUCAGCUACGGCGCAGGGAUCAGCGCGUGCGAGAAAGGCAUCAGUGGCAGCAGGCUUUGUCGUUGCUGAGCGACAUGCGGGGGGCGAAGCUUGAGUCCGAUGUCAUUAGCCUCACUGCUGGGAUCAGCGCGUGCGAGAAAGGCGAGCAAUGGCAGCAGGCUCUGUCGCUGCUAAGCGACAUGUGGCAGGCGGAGUUUGAGCCCAACGUUGUCAGCUUCUCUGCUGGGAUCAGCGCGUGUGGGAAAGGCGGGCAGUGGCAGCAGGCUCUGUCGUUGUUCAGCGAAAUGCGGGGGGCGCGGCUGGAGCUGGGAGUCAUCAGCUCCAAUGCUGCGAUCAGCGCGUGCGGCAAGAGUGGGCAGUGGCAGCAUGCUCUGUCGUUGCUGAGCGAGAUGCGGGGGUCGAAGGUGGAGUCCAACGUCAUUUCUACCAUUUUGUCUGACGCGGUGCACACCAAGAGGGUGGAUCGUUGCCUCGGGUGUGGCUUAGUUGGCUUCGAGAAGCCCCAG